CCUACUUCAGAACAGUGGUGUGUCCGGUUCAUCACAAAGAGACGUUAGAAGACUCUAUAUAUCCCCGGAAACUCUAAGAGCUCAUAGGUUGGUAGCGGGCGACUGGGUGUUCCUCAGGUCAUCCGACACGGAGAUUGGACGAGCAGCGCAAUUAUGGCCACGACUUGAUGUACAAGAAGAUGCUGUGGUAAUGGGUGACAUGGGCUUUCCUGUGGAGAGCCAGACAAUUGAGGUCGUACCGUUCGAUCCUUGCUCUCACCCUCCGCCCCUGCUCCGGUCUGUAACUCUUGUCAACCUGUCCUCGACUUCGAAGGAGCCACAAACUUCGAAAGAGGUUGAAUGGAUCAAAGCAACUGUAAAAGAUUCUCUCGCAACACUCAAAUAUGUUUCCAAGGGUCAGCGAUUUUCCGUCCCGACCGGAGAUAGCCUAAGGAGUUACAUGGUCCACUCGAUAGAGAUUUCUGCGAAGCCCAACGUGUCUAAAGUCCCGGGAGACCCAAACUCUCUUGCAAAGCGCCUGCAGGGGCUGACAGUGAAAGUUGGAUCAACAGAGGAAUUGGGAAUCUGUCAAUUCGAUUGGCGGACACAAAUCAGGUGGGACGGAGAGGCCGCAACAACAGCCUCGACUCUCGAAGGGUCUACUUUGAAACGCGUUCCGGUAGUGGGCCCGACGACAAAUCUGAACAAUUCGAUCUCGCGGCUUAGAACCCAAGAUCCAUCUACCGAUCUAUCACCAUUCUCUACCCUUGGUG